ACCCAACCUUAUGAAGUAGGGUCUGGGAAUUUUUUAAGGUUUACAAUCUUAACCUUAUGAAGUAGGGUCUGAGAAUUUUUAAGGUUCACACCCCUCUAGGGUAAGCCGAGGGUUCCGGGGCUCCAGAUCCACUCUAACCCUCUCACUGUCCAGGACUAGUCAGGGAGAGUCAGGCCCAGAGCAUGGAGAUCAUGCUGGGCCAAAGGCACCUCAGGGAGAGCAACAGCCUGUGGCCCGGCUCUCCAGAGUCCCUUUAUAGGGGGCCCUGGUGGCUCCUGGAGGUUCCCCUGAAAAGGCAAAGGGGGCCUGGGGAGGCUGCAACAGCCUCAAGCUACAGCCCUGCUCAAAGACUUCAGAGCUUUCCCCAGAGCCCCUGCCUAGAAUGUGGGCUGCCUGUCCUUCCCUCUCCAGAGCUAGCUGAGCAGCGGGCCUUGGGCUUUGGCUCUGAGCUCUGCAGGAAAGGCCCCGGGGCGCCUCCUGAGACAGGCCCAAACUUUCGGGUGGCCCCCCCACACCCCCUUUGUGUCCAGGGGCUGGAGAGGACCUUCCUCCGGGGUGCUGCCCCCUUCUUCCUUGUCCUGCCUUGCAUGGGACCCGGGGAAUGCUGCCAGCUGGCCCCCCCUGACCCUCCUGACCCAUGCAUGAGGUCACAACGGGGGCCUCCUGGCUGUGUUACGCCUGCGAGGCUGCCCCUUCUUAGCUCAGCUGUCCCAGAGAGCCAUAGCCAGUCUGCCCUCCCCGCAGAGAGUAUCCUGGCCCUCCUCCAGCAGCCCCCUCCACCCCCACCCCAGAGCCCUGAUCUUCAGGCGCACCGAGACUCCCUGAGCCCAAUGAAACCCCGGAAACCCUCACCAGUUGUUCUGCCCGGAGAGCUCCACCUGCCGGAAGUGGAAGCGGAACUAUCCUUCCCGCUGUGCUUCCCCAAGCCUGGCCCUCUACAGAGAGCCGUGGCGGAGGGCAACUACCCGCCCCUCGGGCCGUUCACGGCCAUGUUCGAGAGUGACUUUCUGCAGGUGACCCCAGGCAGGCCGAUGGGCCCGGCUGGGGGAGGACGGGGGAGGGCUGGGAGGCGGCGGCGGGAGGGGGGGGGGGUAGUGGGAGGCAGUGAGGGGGUGGCAGGGGGCCGUGGGGGCGGGGGCUGUGGGGGAUGGCAGGGGUGGUAG